AUUAUUCUGCCUUCAAUUCGCUACUAAACCCAAGGCAUGAUUUCUAUAUGCUAACGAUGAUGUUUUCCUAAUCAGAGAUCUUUUUCGUUGACAUGAAAAGACGGCGGGAGGAGCUUUAUCGCCAUGACAUCGAUUUUCCCCCGUCGUUGUCGAUAUGUCCCGUUUGUGGGACAUCAGUGUCAAAGGAAAACAUUGGAAUUCACGUUGAAGAACAUUUUACUCAGCCUUCUACAUCUUCUGAGGGUAACAGAUUCGAUGAUCUAGAAGGUAAGAUAAGUACUAUCGAAAUCGCACGUAAAACGUCAACAAAAGUAGCGAAUUUAAAGCCUCUAGCAGGUCCUAAAGCUAGCUUGAGUUACUCUGGCUGUUAAUUAAUGUUUGUUUUCGUUUGAUUUUAGUACAAGGAAUUUCUGAUUCUGCCGAUUUCCGGGCCUGUACAUAUGGAAAAUGUCAGGAGUUAGGUAAUGUUCAGUAUUUGACUUUUCUUGGUGCAUUUAAAGACCUUAUAGUUCGCCUUAAAUUUUUCUUCUCAAAAUGGUCUCCUAUAAAUAUUUCAACUCAACCAUUCCUUAAAUUAUACAUUCACAAGAAGCUUAAAUGUUCCCUCUUUCAGCCAAAAGAAGUAAUGUUAGGAAAUUGUCUCUCACAAAGUGUUUAAAUGACAACUAAAUGUAUACAUAAUAAAAAGAAUUGAAUUAACUAAAAUAAGCUUAACUAUUAUUGUUGACAAAUUUUAAAAUGAAUUAGUGGCAAAAUUUUAAAUAUUAGAUGAAAAUAUUGAUUUUUGACUGUUGUUAUUCUAAGUUUACUUUGAUUCCAGCAGAUGACAGAGCCAAACAAUCAUACAUAGAAGGUCACUCAAUAGUAACUGGAACAGAAUUUUUACCAUGUAAGCCAUUAACGGAAAGUCUCUUAGUUUUUUCUAAUUUUUUCUUAUUUUUUCUCUGGCAGAAAAACACUGAUACUUUGUUAAAGCUCUGUAAAAUAGAGAAUACUUGAUUUUGAGAAUCAUUUUUUGCCUUGAAGCAGAGAAGAAUGCUACCGUUAGUAUGUACUUAGAACAUAACCAUGGUAGGGUUAGCUUUGUCCAUAAAGCACUUGACUGCAGAAAGGGACCAAACCAAUGCUCAGGGGCUUGAGUUAACUGAGAAAAAAAGGUACUGCCCUUGCCAUUCAAAUGGCUAGGUUCUUGUGUGGCUUGGAUGACCAUUUAAAGUAAAAGAAGCAGUCCCAUCUCCAGUAGGAGAUGUAAAUACAGUGUCCUCAAGAAGAUUGCAUUUUUGUGCUAAAUACAUUGACAAUCAAAUGAAAAGCAAAUUCUUAAAGCUGUUGAAUGUUAGUUUGGCAAGGGCAAUAUUGUUUUAAAAGGACCAGUUUUUCAAUAAGAGAACAGAGAGGGGUUGUGUGAAAACUUCUGCUAGUAGACAACUCCAAUAAGCACACCUGUAUUCACGAGCCCAGCCACAGGUCUGGUCUUAAGUUAGUCCAUGUAUGGGUAGUUUGAUUUUAAAGGGAAUUUUUCUCAAGGAAAAGGUAGAUCACCACUCAUAUUUAUACAAUUUAAAAAUAUAAUCCUCAAUGUCACUUUAAAUUUCAGCUUUUAAGCUACAUGUGCUACCCCUACGGCUUAAACAUACAGCAUGCUAUAUUGUCCUUUUUUUAAUUUUUUUUUGCUGAAAAGUAUAUUUAAACUUGAUAUAAAAUAACAUGUGUUAUUUCAUAUUAGAAAGCAAGCAAAAUAUUCAGAAAACGUAAUUAAUGGUACAAUAUUUCACAAGUAAUUAUUAGAUAAAAAUAAGACUGUUUAAUUGCUAGAAACAAAAUCUAAAGAGCUUUUACUUAAGACUACUUGACCCUUAAAACCUUAAUAUAAAAUUACGUGUAUAAAUUCUCAUAUAUUUGUCUUUUGUCUCCAUUUAUUUCCUGUGGAAGUAGUAGAGACUAAGUUGUUGAAGUAUCAAUAUUUAAUUCAUCUUUUGUGAUCAUGUUCUUAAUUCUCAUGACCACUCUGUUUCAUAAAGCAUUGGUAUUACAUGGAGAAACUUCAUGCUGAUCUCUCUCAUGGCUUGAAGGGUUGAGUCAUUCAUAGCAUUAUAUUGUUCUGGAGCAUUUCACAGAGUUCAGAGAAAGUCCGUUUAACAGCUUGCCCUUUGGACAAGCAGGAACAAUAAUCAAUUAAUUUUUCGCAUCAGCUUGAAGAACAGCUUUAAUUUAAAUCCCCAUGGAUUAAUUUUAGGAUUGUAAACGAUUUGUUUGACAGUACUUCAAUCUGGAAUUUAAGUUUUCCCCAAAAAAUUCACUCGCAUGUCAGACAAAUGAAGAACAGAAUUCAGUAGCCCCACAAAAUCCACUAACCCUGGGCUAUUCAGAUACAGCAUUUCUCUGCAUGCUUUUUCAUGGGGUUUGCAAACCACUACAUUUCAAAAUACCUUGAGGUUCAUGCAUUUUAAUACUUUGUCUUAUCUCAGUUUCUACUUCAGACUGGGAUGACCAUAUCUUUGCUCACACUUUGGAAGACCAAGCAAUAAGUGAUUCCACUGGCACUAAUCUUCUUCAGGCUCCUGUGACUUUUCAUCAGCAAGAGCAGUACGACAUGCCAUUAAUCUAUGCACAAAGUGAUCAGGCACUGGCUCAGGAACUUGAAAAACAGGUGCUCUAGACCAUUCCAUUAAAAAACUUACUUUAUAGGGGUAAUUCAAUUACUGGUAAACUAGUUAUUUUCAUUUGUGGCCCAAAAGAUCAAAAGUCCCGACUGGCUGGAGGCAAACCAGCAGACUAUUUGUAAGUGUGACCCAGGACUUGAACUUGGAACUUAUACAUGUAUAAACUGAGAACAAAUCCAUCUAGCAGUUAGGCCAGGGAAGUUCUAGAUUACAAUUUCAGCACUCUACAUGCUUGCCCAUGUUGCCUCCAGGGAACAUCAUGUGUAGCUUCAGGGGAUAUCAUGGUUAUAUGGUCAGGUUUUCUGUCGUGCUAGAAAAGACCAUUUCAUCUUUUAGGCUUUUUUAGUAUACACUGUACAUGCAUUAUUUACAUGUAUUUUGGUUUCUUGUUGUGUAGGAAAUGGAGCGACUUGAAAACCAGCCAUGUGAAUGGGAUGAUCACAUGUUGGCUCAGGCUCUGGAGAGUGAGCAAAGAAGAGAACUUGAAGAACAGCGCCAGCAAGAAGAGGAAGAGUUAAAAAAGCUGCAGGUAUAAGAACCAUUCCUCAAUAACGAUUGAAACAAAUGAUUGAUUCAUAUUUGUUUUUAAAAACCUUUUUUUCUUUUCUCUCCUUAAGUAAUAACCCUUGUGUUGUCAAAGCUCUCUUAAGUGGGUGCCCUCAGAAAGUAAAUAAGGGGUCUAAAAAGAGAGCUGACCAAGUAUAACAGUGUUUUUAAGAGAGCUUUGUCUGUAUGUCAAAGAUAAGAAGGAGUGCAUGUUCAACUUACGUGAUGGUCUCGAAAAGGAUUUUUCAAUCCUGUCAUCGUGUGCAAAAUUUAGCUGCAAUCCUGUCAUUCAGGCCCCUGCAGUUGUUCAAAAGGUGAAUAAUGCUGUCCAAUGGAUGUGUUUUAGUUAAUGUUUUAAUAUCCCUGGUAAUUUUUAUUUUUUCUUUGUUUCAACUUCAUUAGCGUACUUUAUCAUACCCAGAAUAAAAGGAAACAACUACUAACGACAGAUAUAUAUCCAGUGGAUAGUACAAUAAUAAUUUGGUUUCCCAAACACUUUUCUCACCCUAGUUGUUGAAACGAUAGAUAAUGCUAUCCACCAGAUAAAUCACUAUCCAGUGGAUAAGUAUUAGGGAAACUGAUUGCAUUAUCCACUUGAUAGAGAUUUAUCUAGUGGAUAGCAUUAUUCAGGUUUGACAACUGGGACCUGCUGGAUAGUGAUUUACACAGCUUGAUAGCACUAUCCAGUGUUUGAACAGAUUAGAAUCCUAUUUCGACAAUUUAAGGGACUCAUGUAAAUUCGUCCUCUUCAAAGAGAAAAUUAUGUGACCAGGGCAUGAUGUUUUUUAAUUUCAAUUUAGUUUCUUCUCUUGCUGGCCAUGUGCACUGAACUUACAUUUUCGAUUGAGCAACCUCAUCAUUGAUGGAUUUUUUCCCAUUUUAAGGCAAUGUAUGGUAUGUCAUCCACUGGUGGCUAUGUUUCUCAAUACAGUCGGCACCUGGAGAGAGAGGUAGCACGAAACAAGACAUCUGUUGGUGACUAUUAUGCCAGGAAAGCAGAGAUGCUAAAAAUUUUGAUGACCGAUAAUGACAGUGGAGAAUCUUGUACUAGGGGUAAAAAAUACAUUUUUAUGUACAGUUGUACCGUGUUUAUUCUACGGGGCCCAAUACUCUAAACCUGUGAGAUCCAGGGUGUCCAUCAUAUGAUUUCUUUGUAAGAACCAAGUUUUCCUAGUUCCCCAAGUGCAAAGUAGUGUACCAAAGGCCUCCAAGUGCUGCUAGAGCACACACCCCUGGGAUUCUGCUGUUGUUAUUAAUUUGAGCCUUCUUGUGGUAUUGUUUCUGUAGAGAAGAAACUCUGCUCCACCAAGGAGCCCAUAACUCAGGGCUGCCACCUUCUUUGAACUUGUGUCCCAGGUCAACCUUGCUCCCAGGUUCUCUCUCCUACCCAGCGAGACGGGUAGGAGAGGACCCGGGGAAUGAGGUUGCUCGUUUCACUGCAUUUUCUCCAACCAGUUUAUUUUUAAAAUGGUUUUGAUGCGAAUUUAGAAUAUUAUUUUUUAAGUCCUACAAACCAGUCAGCAAAAUCUAAAGGCCUUAUUAAUGACAUGGCAUUUUUAUCCUUCCAGUGGUGUUUAGUUUUCCUUUUUGAUAUCUUACACUUUAAAUGUGCUCAUAGAUGGAGUGGAGUUUCCAUUUCCACAUGAAAAACUGCCCAAAAAUGUAUCGAACUGGUCCAUGAAAACGCUAGGGCAGGUUAUGGGCUCUUGGCUCCACUUUGACUUUCUUCACCUUGGUGUUAUUGGUACCACCAUAUAUACUGUUGGGGAGUAACCUGACGAUUGACUAGCACCACCCUCCUUAGGGUGGGGGGGGGGGGUAGCAAUACUCCUUGGUGCCUCAUGCUACAGCACUUGGCUCAAGCACUGACCGUUUUGGCCUCAUGGCUUGUGAGGCUUCUCACUUACUCUCAUGGUUAAAAGGUCCACUGUGUGUGUUUGCUCACAGGUAUUAUUCCUCAGCUUCAUCAUCGCUAUGAGAUGGGUGUUAGUGGAACAAAGGCUUCAUGGCUUGCAAUUGACACAGAUCAUUUUGCUAGUACAGUGGGUGAUGCUGGCUGGGGCUGUGGAUACAGAAACCUGCAAAUGCUGAUCUCUGCACUGUUGAAAAUGGAAAUCUACAGACCUGUUAUGUUAAGUGGUGAGUGCAGUAGAAUUCUGGGGUGCCUUGAUACCAUUUGUGCAAACCAUUCAGUCAGAAAUCUUGUUAAUCUCAUACCCAGAUCUCUCGUCGACGAAGCCCAAGGCGAGAUUGGUAAAAAAAAAUUCAAUUUUUCUUUUUGGCAAGAAUGCGAGGGAGUAACCUAAGUACUGACAAGAGAUCUGGGUACAAGAUUAAAAUCUUGUGCAUAAAUAUUUUAUAAUGGGCCAUUUCCGAGUUCAAAAACUCUCACUUUCAAAACAAGACUAAAUUCAAAACCUUUCUUUUGAAAAUGGAUUUUAUUUGCAUGAAAAUAAAAAAUCAUUUUCAUAUUAGACUGUUCACAGUUCACUGUUCCCCUAUUUUUUUGUGAGAUCGUCGAGAUAUAGCGCGUCUUAUGUACCGAGGGGGCCUUCUCACUUCCUCCCAAACCACCCCCACCCCCUAAGUAGUUUUGACACUCAUGCAAGACGGCAGCCCGUAACGGAAAGCGCUCGAUCUCGACGAUCUUACGGAAAAAUAGAGGACUGUGAAUAGUCUAUUUCCAUAUCGAUAGCUUUGCACUUAGCCUCGCUUUUAAACAGCGGCAUGGGGCAACUCAGAGAUGCUCUAGUAAUAACGACCAUGUGGGAGCAGGAGCCACAUCAAAGUUGAGCCAAAUCAGUAGGAGAGAUUAAUACCUGUAAACAAAUUGCAUUUCCUGAAAUGUAGUACAUGUAGUGGGUCUAGCAGCCAAAUAGUCCCUCUUAUCGGCCGUUUAGGGUUAAACUCCGCUUGGAGCAAAUUUGUAACUUUUCUCCUUUAAAAAGGACAUAUGUCACAACUUCUGCACCCUAUGUUGCAGCCAGACUUGUCACUUGAGACCUAGAUGAGAACUUUACAUCUACAUCGCAUAUUUAGACGGUCUGUGAUGCUGGCUAAACGUCUGCAGCCUAAAACUAUUUAGUUUGUAAUUUGCAGUAAGUUUUAAUCCUAACAAUGUUCGAAACUGAUUUUUGUUUAUUUUUUUCCAAUGAUCUAUGCAGUUGGAGACAAAGUGCCCUCCAUCCCACGAAUUCAACAAUUUAUUGAGUCGGCUUGGACAAAUGGUGAGUCAUUUGAUGGAACUUGAAACCAUUUGCUUUACCAUUUUUGCCUGAACCACACCAAACUGCCAGUGGGGAUCCACUUCUCGUAUACCGCUUGUGACGUCAUCAUUUGUAACGGUCAUCAUUUUUAACGCCGGCUGGGCCGGUCACUUUUAGCCGAGCCAACUCUUUGCAAGAACGUGCCCGUAUUGACCCACGCGGGGUUGCCUACUUUGUUAGCGCAGGAAAAUUCAUCCUUUUUGGCGGUAUAAAUUAAUCCUUAGUUGGCCAAUAGCGUAAAAUAUGUAUUUUCUGUAUGAAUUAAAUUUGUUUUGUAGUGCUAUUUCACACAUUAGAGAGCUUUAGAUUCUAAGACGAGGACGACUACGAGAACUAGAUUUUUCCAAUACUAAGUAGUGCGCGCGCGAACCAAUGUCAUUUUGGCGGGAAAAUGUGGUAGCUGUCGUCAGUCUACUACGAGUUUUAGCGAGAAUGUGGUAGUGGCGAAAACAAGUUAUCAAAUGUUAGAAAUUUUAUAAUUUAUGCGAUCGGGAGAGGGCUUUAUCUCCUUCAACGGAAAUAAGCGUGCUAACUUUUGUGGGUGUCUACUAGAGUAGGAGAGAAAAAUGUGACCCCCGUAGUCUUCCUCGCCCUCGAAUCUAAAUCUCUCUAUUGCCUCAUCCAAUGCCUCAUCCAGAGCUUUUCUUUCGCUUGCUCGGGUUUGGCUUCCUCGAAGCCUCCUUUUUUCCUCCUCACUCAAGAAGACAAAAGGAGGCUCUUCUUGCAGGGUGCAUCUAAUGUUGCCAUGAUAUCUUGAAGGGUUUGACAGACAAGGAUCCGAACAGCUUGGCUGCAAACUGAUCAAUACCAGAAAGUGGAUUGGUGCAACAGAAAUUGCAGCAGUGUUGAGAUCUCUUCAGAUAAGGUAGACGUAAUAACUUAGGGCUUAAAAUCUUUUUCGGACGGUGGCUCGGUCAAGUCUAGUUUCUGACCAGUCAAGAUAUUGAAAACAAAAAGGUACUGAAUGACAGCUAGUAAACUUAAAACUACCAUCUACUCGUUGAAGUCGUUGCUGGACCGUUUAAAAAGCGGCUUAUUGGAUAAAAUGGCUUAAAACUUAACCAAAGAUAACCUGAGAUUUACCAUUGAGGGUUUUAACGUUUGUUCAAGAAGGAGUGUGUGUGUGUGGCCGGUAAACAUGACGUGGACUGAAGUUUGUGGCCGGUCAAGGCGCCAUUCUAGCCGGUCAUUGUCGGAUGACUGGACGUUAUUUUGAGCCAUUAAAAGAACAAAUGCUACAUGUGUGAAAACAACCAUGACAUUUCUCAAGAGAGGAUGACUUGGAUGCAAACCUGUAAUCGAAUGUUUCUUCGUCUACACAAUGUGUCGCUGGAAAUGCUCGAUAUUAAUUGGGUUAACAAUCAUUCUGGCGGAUCAUGGACAAGUUUAAGCUAAACGCCUUAAAUGUUAGAAAUGCACAGGCGUAGAGUUUCAUUUGAGCAGAUGGUGAAGCUUAAGUAUACGCUCAUAUAGCGUCUUGUUUCAAGAGUGUCGAGGGUUGACCAAAGCACUAUCAAGAAAUGUGCCACGUAUAGACCGAAGAAGUAACUGAAUUGAACAAAGAAUUAGCGUAACUCUCUCAAGCCCCCGACGGUUCAGGAGAGACCGGGGAAGUUUGCACGCAGGCUAAUCUUCCCUGAGUGUAGGCAUUUGUCGUUUGCUAGGAUAUCCCGUAACAGAACCAAAGUCAACUCUACGUUCUCCAUUUUCAGUAGGGAAUUUGAACGUGCAAAGUUGCUGUUUUGUUUUUUUAUUUUUUGCCGUCGUCGUCGUGGUUGUGCGGAUUUUGCCACGGGAUUCAAACGUUCUUACAGCUUCGCGUCACAUAAUGUCUGACUAAAGUGACCAUUUUUUUGCAGAACCAAAAUAAUUGACUUUCAUCAAGCAACAGGCUGUGACGGAACACACCCAGAAAUGUUUUCAUGGAUCAAGCGUUACUUCAGCUGUAGCGUCAGUUCCACUGUACUUCCUACGAGUUCAUCAGUCCUUCGGCAAACCUCUGUUCCACCACUUUACCUUCAACAUCAAGGUUAGCGUACAAUAGACCUAUUUGUAUUUUUUUGUAGUUUAUUUUUACUCCAUCCUAUAGAUAAUACAUUAGGUGUACAAUAUCAAUUAGUACAAGGUUGAUUAAACUACGUGUACAUAAUAAAAAAAAGAAAGUUAGAAUGGAGAAGGGCACAUUAUAGAAAACUAAUUAUGACCCUUAAACAGGAUUGACUUUAUUCUAAUAUAGCUUUGUCAUUCAUUAAAACAGCUUCAAAGGACGCGGCCAUCAUCAUCGCUGACCGCUGACCGCUCAUCGUAAUCAUCCUCAUCCAUUAGAUUCUAAGACGAGCGCUACUAAGAAAACGAGAUUUUCAGCGUCAUUUUGGCGCGAAAUCGUGAUAGCCUUCGUCAUUGUACCACGAGUCGUAGUGACGGAAACAUAUUUAUCAAAUGUUAUCAUUUUGCGAUCGCCAGGGGGCUUAACCCUCUUCAAUAAAAAUAACCGUGUUAACAGCCUGAUUUCUGGUGAAAAAAAAAAGGAAAAUGAAGCUUCCUGAAGUGUCCAUUUUUAUAAAACGCGAAAAAAAAAGCUUAAGUCAAAACUCGUCCUCAUAGAUGUCCUUGUCCCGAAAUCUAAAGGUCUCUAGUUCUGAAAGAGAAUAAACCCUUACCUUUCACUCCCAAACAAAAAAUGCCUGUAUUGCUAAAACAAAAAUGAUAUCUUUAACUGAACAAGAAAAACAAAAAGAAUGAAGAAAAACAACAAAAACAAUAACACCAAAAAAACUGUUAAAAAGAUAACUGUCACAAUUCACUUGUUAUCUUUGAAGAAAUGUUUUCCUAACAGUUUAAUCCGUGUUUAAGAUCAGUCCCUUUUUUGCUUUGGUACACUCUUGAAAAGGUGCAAUUUCGCAGUUUUGAAUGCUAGUUUCAAGAACGUCCGUAAGCUUUUUUGCAAAGCAGAGUCUGAUUUUUGAGCCUUCCCGUUUUUGCUGUUUAUGCUGAUUUUUGUAGCGGUUUUGUGACAACACCUUUCAGCGUUUAGAUUUCGAGGGAUCCCUUAGCUUAUGUUCAGCUCUUGCACCGACAAGAAAACCAUAUCGGAAUGAGCUUCUGUGCACACACAAGACGGUAAUUUUGGCGCGAUUUCUGUAACGGAGCGUCGCGCCGAUCUCCAAAGUGGAAUAUCGGAUGGAUUCUGUGCCACACUUUAGAAAAUCUCACUUUUGUGCAAUCUGACCAGGUAUUUGGAGUGUAGCGGAAGGGAAUAAAUAGGAGCGAGGACUGGAAUCCACUGAGACGGAAGUAAACGUUCAGGAGUGAGGCCGGACUGGGAUUUAGUUUAUCAAAUCCCCUCGGCCAACUGCUCGGCGGCACGAUCUUCGAUGUGUGCGAACGACUUGUUGCAGUUCUGUGCCGUUAACCCUUUCACUGCUAGAGUGAAUAAUAGAGUUUUGUAAGGUAGCUUUAACUAUUGAGUCUGUGUACGAAAUCCUGUCGUGUGACCAUUCAAAUGAAAUCUCUCUACCUGUACUUACACAUGGUGCUACUUGUUUUUCAAAAUUGUACAAAAUGAAAUUUGAGAUUUUUUUGUCGAAUUUUGCCUUUGGCCACAUUUGGCAGUGAAAGGGUUAAUGUUUAUACUAUACAGGUUAGCUUUUCGUGUCAGCACAAAAAGCUGUCCGCUAAAGUAUGAACAUAGCCUUAGAUUCGGUUUGUUGUAUGACUCGAAUCCUUUACUUAUUUCCAGGGCACAGCCGGUUAGUGAUUGGAGUAGAAGAGCAUUCUGGGAAGGAUGGCGGCUUAUAUCUUUUGUUGUUCGAUCCUUCACACUCAGCUAAGCAGAUGCAAAGCCUGUUGGAAGAUAUUCAGAGCAGUAGUUCGGGCUUGCGGCAUUUGCGUCGGUCCCUCAAGCAGAUGAGAUGUAAGCAGUACCAAAUUGUGUACGUUGACGGCAUCAUGGAGCCCUCGGAAAUGGAAGAAAGUAAAACUAUGGAUUCUCUGAGAGUGCCGUGACUAAAAUAAAGCUUAAUGUAAAAACUCGGUACAAAUUUAAAGGAAUAUAUUCUUGUGACAAAGCCGCGGGGCUUUACGGCCCUUCCUCUCAGUACUCUCUAGCCGAAACCAAACGUGGGAACUGGUAUUGAUAACUCUGCUUUGUUCCAGUCCCUUUCGUCCGCUCUGCGUUGUUCAACCUUGUUCCCAGUCUCUCUCUCUCUUCUUCCCGCCAAUUGAGCAACUGGAAAGGAGAAGAACAACCUUGGGACGACGUUGUGCGUCAUUUUAAAAAUGAGUCUUAAAAAUUAACCGCAUUGUAUAAUAAUUUGCCCUGUAACUUAAGAAUGUAAAGAGGGACAGAUACAUGUAAGUACUGCCUUUUAACUGUAUUUAUUUCUUCAAAUUUAGAAUUGGAUGC